GUAGUUCACUUAACAAAAAAAUGUUUUUUAGUUCGAUAAAAUUCAUGAGCGGUGAUAAACGUCAAAAGAAAAAUUGUAACAGCAAAUAUUGUCAUUUCUUGUUUAACAAAAUUGAUUGAAUUAAUCAAAGUUUUGUCACUGCCCACUAUCCUCCGUACUGAAGAAAUUGAAAAGAAAACAAAACACAAAAAAAUAUAUACAAAUUGACAACAUCAAAUCUGAUUGACAUCCUAACUGAAUUGAAUUACUUUACACUCGACAAAAAAAAAAGUUUGAAACAGACAUAUCAAGAUACUGAUGUCAAGACUGUCAAAUCUAUUGCUGAAAUUUUUAUUAGAAAUUGAAAAAUUAUAUUAACAUCAACAACAAUUCCAUCCAAUUGAAAACGUCAAUAUCUUUAUAAAUUUUUUACACCAUAAUACAAUAUAAAACAACAAAAAAAAAACAAGAACCAAACCAUACGAAUAUUAUUGAACAAAUAAAUAUCUAUUUUAUGGUCGAUUUAUAAAAUAAACAUUGUUUUUGUUACAAAACAAAGACAAACAACAGAAUUAUUAUUAGAAUUACAAAUCAUACACAUACUAUAUCUAUUUAUCUAUAUGUAUGUACAUGGUGUUUGCUAAGCAAUCUUUUUAGCCUUUGUAACUUAUUAAUAAUAUUGACUAAACAAUUAAGAAGGCACAAGUCGGAUAUUAAGUAAGGAAAGAUAAAGACCACAAAAGAAAACAGAAACUAUUCUUCUUUUUAUCAUGGCGUAUUGCAAUGCUUGAACGUUUCCGUUUAUGUAAUUUAAGUCGUCACUGUCGUUUGCGAUCUACAGAACUGGCUCGAGAUAAGAAACAAAGACAACAAUGUGUUACAAUACUAUUUCUCGAUGACACUACCCAUACCUUUCGGAUAGAGAAACGUGCCAAAGGUGGCGAUUUACUUGAGCAAGUAUAUCAGUUUCUAGAACUAUCCGAAAGGGAUUAUUUUGGUUUAUUAUUUCCCACAAAACCUGGUGAUGUUGUGCGAUGGGUUGAUGCACAAAAGCCUUUUAAAAAACAAUGCAAUAGUAUUGCUAGUAUGGAUAAUGACACCGUUCCAUUAUUAGAAUUUAGAGUUAAGUUUUAUGUAAGUGAUCCCAGUCGUUUACAAGAAGAAUAUACACGUUAUCAGUUUUAUUUGCAAAUAAAACGUAACAUUUUGUUGGGCAAACUGCCAUGUUCAAUUAAUACACAAUGUCUGCUAGCUAGUUAUACCGUGCAAUCUGAACUAGGUGAUUUCAAUCCUUUAGAACAUCAACCUGGCUAUUUGAGUAAUUUGCAAUUGUUGGCCGACCAAUCAAGCGAUGCUGAACGUAAAAUAUCUGAAUUGCAUAAAUUACAUCGUGGCCAGUUGCCAGCUGAUGCUGAAUAUAAUUAUUUGGAACAUGCUAAACGACUGGAUUUAUAUGGCAUUGAUUUGCAUAAAGCUAUGGAUUCCAAUGGCAAAGAUUUGCAACUGGGUGUUUCUGCUAUAGGUCUGCUUGUCUUUCAAAAUUCUUUACGUAUUAAUACCUUCUCUUGGUCUAAAAUGGUUAAGGUUUCGUUUAAACGUAAAGAUUUCUUUAUACAACUACGUCGAGAACCGUCGGAAAGCUAUGACACUUUAUUAGGUUUUAGUAUGAAUUCUCAUAAACAUGCCAAGGCAUUGUGGAAAUCUUGUGUGGAACAUCAUUCGUUCUUCCGCCUAAAGAGACCUCAUCGUCUUUCGCGCUUCCUUAAUUUAAGUUUAGGAUCAAAUAGAUUUUAUUAUUCCGGUCGCACCGAGCUGCAAGCUGUUCAAGAAUCAAAGCAACGCUCCAAAAUUCAUAAGGCUUUUGUUCGUUCUCCCAGUAAGCGUUUAAUCACUAUUGGACCCGGUGGCACUACAACUUCCCCAUUGGCUAAUGGUGGCAGCGGUUCCGAUAGCAAUGGCAGUGUCUCACAUAAUGGUAAAACUCCGUCCGCAAUAGCUGCUGCACACACGUCCAUUUUAACCAUUACAAAAACUAGCCGUCCUCAUCAUGACAAUAAGGUUACGUCCAAACAAUUGGAUUCAAUGCCACGCAAAGCUUGGGAGCAACAUAGCGAUGAAUAUGACAUACAGCUUGAUACCGGCUAUAUUGAACAAUGCAGCCGCCGUUUUGAGUCUCCGGUUCCUGCGUAUAGUACUGGAUCCCACAGUCCCAAUGGCACUCAAAUGGGCGCAGCUAUAACCACGUACAUUAAUGGCUGUUCGACAGCCCCAGAAAGUGGCAGUGAUUUAAUUACAAUACGUUUAUUGGCCGACGAACAUGGACGUUUUGGUUUUAAUGUUAAAGGCGGCAUCGAUUUAAGUCUACCAGUGCAAGUAUCAAAAGUUGUACCCAAUACCCCAGCCGAUCGCUGUACGCCACGUGUCCGAGAAGGCGAUGAAGUUGUGCUAAUAAAUGGCCGAGAAGUACUAGGACUGAAGCACGAACAAGUUGUUAGCAUGAUAAAAGAGUGUCGUACUACACGUAAUGGCGAACUAUUAUUAACCAUGAGACCGGGUGGUAGUAGGGCUGGAGCAUUCUGCGAAGAAGAAGAACCUCUGUAUCAAUAUGUGCCAGAAAAUGAUGAAAUUGGCUCGCAUUCGAAUCUUUUGGAUGGUGACGCUUUAUUCACACAAAGUCUGCUGUUGUUAAGUGAUGGUCUGGCCUCCGGUGCUUUGUUGGCCCAGUAUGAGUUGAUGUAUCGUAAAAAUCCAGAUUUACUUAUAACUGAAGCACGCAAACCGGAAAACAUAGCAAAAAAUCGUUAUCGUGACAUAUCACCGUACGAUUGCACACGCGUCUCUUUAGUAAAUUGCUCAAGUGGUGAUUAUAUUAAUGCUAAUUAUGUUAACAUGGAAAUACCGGGUGGCAUCAAUCGCUAUAUUGCCACCCAAGGACCGUUGGUAUCAACAACCUCCGACUUUUGGCGCAUGGUCCAACAGGAGAGUAGCCAUUUAGUGGUGAUGUUAACCACAGUAAUGGAAGCGGGAAGACAAAAAUGCCACCAAUAUUGGCCAGUAACGGGUGAAGAACUGCAGUUGGGUGAGGGUUUUUCGGUGAAAUGUCUUAGUGAGAAACCAGAUGAGACCGGUAGUUUUGUAUUUCGGGAAUUUCUGCUGUGCGAUAAACGUACCGGCGAACAGCGUCACAUUCAACACAUGCAAUAUCUUGCCUGGCCAGAUCAUUGUGUACCAGCUGAUCCAAAUUUGUUUUUAGAAUUUGUCGAACGUGUCCGCAAUGCACGAAAUCGCUCGCUCUUGCAGGAAAUUGAAGAGAGUCUCAAGCAGGUGCGUUUGCUUGAUGCAGACGCCGAUGAAAAUGGCGGUCUCAUGUGUGAACGUAAAUGUGCUGCCAGCAAUGGUGUUACACCCGAAGAUGAAACUCCAGUUUCUACCAGUGUUCAUCAAUGUAUUAGUGCUGCCAAUCCCCCUGUCAUAGUUCAUUGCUCGGCUGGUAUUGGACGUACUGGUGUUCUUAUUCUUAUGGAUACUGCACUGGCUUUAAUGGAGGCUCGGGAGCCGGUUUAUCCUUUGGAUAUUGUACGUACAAUGCGUGAUCAAAGAGCAUGUAUGGUACAAAAUGUGAGCCAAUAUCGUUUUGUGUGUGAAUGCAUCUGUGCUGCUUAUAUGAAAAUGUCACGCAAUAGUGCUUUAUUGGCACAAGAAGAUGAAGACGACGAUGAAGAAGAUGACGAAGAAGACGAUGUUGAUUAGAGACAUAAAAUAUGUACUAUAUUAUAAAUUAUGUAUAACUAUUGGUAAUAAUGCACGUGCCUCUCUUUUUAAUUGGAACCACAAUAAUCUAAUACAAAUCUCUAACACGGAAACACACUCCAUACACACAGAUCCAUACAUAAACAGUAACUGAAACUGAAACACGCAUAUGGAAUAUAAUAUAUUUAUAUAGAAACAUGCAUAUAUAUAUUUUUUAUAUACAACUUACAGUAAACGAAAUUGAAACAAUAUACAUACAUUACAUGCAUUAUAAAACCUUAUUUAAUUUUAAGAUUCGACCUAAUUGUAUACGUAUUUUUUUCCAACAAUUUCUCCCUCAUCCCCCUUCCCACCAACAUAAUUGCAUAUUUUUUUCCCCAAAAAAAAUGGUAUUAUUAUAGAACAAUAUUAGUUUGCUUUGAAAAUUAUUUAAAAAAUGAUUUAUACGAUUUGCUGCAACGAUUGAUAAAAGCAUUUAAAAUGUCUAUAUAAUUUUAAUUUACAAUCAUUUAAUAUUACUUUAUACAUACAUACAUAUAACAUAUAAACCAUAGAGAAAUACGCAUAGAGCGGAAACUAAAAAAAAAACAAAUAAUCACACAUACGAGUAGUGUUGUUUUCACGUACUUCGGUUUUUGACAACUGAGUUAGGUGUAUGACAGCAGAAUUUCCUAUAUAUGUGUAUUUAUCUAUGAUAUAAACACUUAAAAUUUUAAUAAAAUAUAAUAAUUAUUGUCAAAUCUCUUCCUUUCUACAUUAUAAUUGAUUAUAUAAUUUGUAAGCUAUUUCUUAAAAUUGUCUUAGCCCAUAAGUUUUCCCUAAAUCCCUAAUUAAACAUUUACAUACAUAGUACAUUUAUGUUUUUCUCUUGAACCAUUUGCUAACAACAACACAAUUCAUUAUUGAAAUAUCUGUAAUGAAUUCUUUACAAAUUCAAUUACUUGUCACUGCUAUAUAUACUAUUUAAUGUAAACAUUUUAAUGGAUUAAAGAACAAAAAAAAUAAAGGAAACAACAAGAACUAUUAGUAUUCUAGCACCAAAAACAAAUUAUUUAUGCUAAAAUAUUCAUACAUACAUACACAUUAUAUAAUAUACAUACAAUACAUACAUAUAUAAAUGCAUAUAUAUUUAUUAUUGUAAUAAACAUUUUACAAUGUAGUUUGUCGUUUAAAAAUAAUGUUUUGUCUCUUAUAUUUUGUAAAAAUUAAAAUACAUUGAAUAAAAAACAUUUAGUUGUCAAUCAAUAAAGGA